AUGUCAGGUGUACAUAAAAAGAGUCAGCCAAUACGCAAAAGUGCACUAGUCCUGGGUCGAAGAGUAUCAAGCUCCUUUUCAAAACGAUCAGAUCCAGAGAAACGUCCAUCAAGGCCAACAAUCCGACUGGUUGACGAAUAUGGAACCGACUUAACUCCACUACCAUUGUUGAAUGAGGAAAAACGAAUCCGUGAAGAAAAAGAUAUUAGUACAGAAGUUUCGCAGGCAUCAAUUCAUAGUGGGAGUAGCCUUCACAUUACCAAUCCAUUUACCUUUACACGAUCAUUUGUCAGUGGAUCAAGUCCAACCGGUGAAUCACACUCAGAGACUAGUGAAGAGGCGGAUCGCUAUCGAAUAUACACUGAGGUGAAGACACUUGUUCAACCACAACGAGAGACAUUAACUGAAGCCGAUUUGAACAAACUCGUUGACGUUAUCAUAACAGAAACUGAAACAUUCUGGAUAUUUGAUCAACCGCCAAAAUUUGUUUCACAAGAUUCCAGUGAAGCUCCCGAACAAAUAAAACGCAAUGAAAUUUAUAAAGCACUUGUUGCAUCAAGAAUCGGCAAUGAUCGAUACACUGAACGUGGAAUGAACACUUUCAAUCCAGCGUCAAUAGGUAAACAACUACAAACGGAGCGUAUCGGCAUUCAAGAGAAAUCAACUAUGGCGACUAACUGGGAUAUGGCGGAUACUUACGCAGAAGAAGAAGAGAAGAGAAAAUUACUUGAAGAUGAAGACGAAGUAUUAUCACCACAGCAGAAGAAGAAGACGAAAAAGACGAAAUCAGACACAGGUGCUAACACAACCAGCCAUGAUGAGGUUAUCAGUAAACAGAAUAUUAAAAAAAGUCAAUUACAACCAGACGAUGGUGGACCAAUAGAAAAUAUGCGGAAAACAGGCGGUGAUCAUCUAAUUCUCAGCAAUAAUGAAGUUGGUCUUGGGGUUGAAUCAUCUCAAUUGGGUCAAUCAACAACUACAAAUACAAUGGGUUCCAAUUCUGAAUCGGAUCUUAUGGGUUUCCGUGAUAAUAUCGAUGCUCACAUAAAUCCAGUCACCAAUGCCCUGGGGCUGCUUGAGACUCCAAAAAUGAAAAAAGAUUUGAAUCAUAUGGAACGUGCUUUAAAUCUGAAUACAUAUUAUGAUAAAUUAUUGAAAUAUCAAAGUUUAGUAUUAAGUAAACAUCAGUCACAGGAUUCAGCAGAACAACCUGAUACAGACUCGCCCAGUACCACAGCUCACAUACCUGCGAUUAGUACAGCUCAAACAGUGGAUGACAAUUCAGCUGGACAUGUUGGACCCCAGGCAAAAACUCAGCCCCAGGCAUUCACGACAACAACAAGUUUAGGCAGUGUUAAUCCUACAAUUUCUGGCUCUCAAGGAGGUGGUUCAGGCAGAACAAGUGACUUUGCCAAGGUAGAAGAUGCUAAUCCUCAAAAUCCGCAUACUAUUUCAUUAUGGCGUUUUCAAUGCCCAAUGACCAAGGGUCGUAACAUAGCGGAUAUGGCGUGGAACAAACAAAAUCCAAAUAUUCUUGCUGUCGGCUAUGGACAAUUUGAAUAUGAUCAACAGCGUAAAGGAUUAGUAUGUUGUUGGUCGCUGAAGUUCAUUGAAUACCCUGAACGCUAUUAUGAAACACCAAGUGGAGUAACAGCAGUUGGCUGGUCAAAAAUUCAUGCCAACUUGUUAGCUGUGGGGAUGUUUAGUGGUGUAAUUCAUGUAUAUGAUGUACGCAAAAAUGAUCCAGUCCCAGUUGUUGAUACGACGCAUGCUAUAGGUAGACACUUAGGACCUAUUCGAAAACUUCAAUGGAUCGUUAGAGAAUCAGGUCGUGCUGAAAUGUUGUCAGAAGUUCUCGUAUCUGUAUCUAGUGAUGGACGAGUCACUCAGUGGUUCAUUCGUAAAGGUUUUGAAAGUACAGAUCUAAUGGUUCUCAAACGAGCGUACGCAAAUAGUUCAAAUUCAAUGAGUACUUCUAAACGCAACGAUGCUUUAAUAUCACGUACAGCUAUUGCAACAAGUAUGGCUUUUAAUAAGCGUGAGCCAAGUAUUUAUCUAGUUGGUGCUGAAAACGGUCUCAUUCACAAAUGCUCAUGUUCCUACAAUGAACAGUAUUUGGAAACAUAUCGUAGUCAUGUGGCAUCCGUUUAUCACAUUGAAUGGUCUCCAUUCAUACCCGAUGUAUUUCUGUCUUGUUCCGCUGAUAUGACAAUAAAAUUAUGGCAUUCUGAGCAUCAGCAACCCUUGAUUACUAUUCAAACAAAUAUGACGACGGUACCUUCCCUAUCUUGGUCACCGCAUAACUCCUUAACAUUUGCUGUAGCCAACGAAAGUUUUCUAGAAAUAUGGAAUUUGGAUUAUUCAACUGUUGAUCCUUAUGUCACAGAAACAGUGUCGAAUGAUACAAAUAUGACAAGUGUACUAUUUUCGGAAACUAGUCAAAGUGUUUUAAUUGGCGAUGAUCAAGGUACAGUGCAUGUUUACAAUCUAGCUGAUUUCCCAGAUUCCCCGGUAACAGAAUCCGAACAAGUAUUUCAACUCACUCAGUUUCUCAAUACCUGCUUGAACAAUCUCCAGUAA